GCUGUUCGUUCAAACACCGUCAACUGACAGCUGACAUAAACGUUUUUCAAAAUAUCUCAGUCGAAACUUUUAAUAGUUUAAUCUGAGUUUAAUAAGGUUAUUGUUUAUAUAAAUCGUCAAGUUUAUCAUGGACGCGACGGAGACUUCCGUUUAUGCUACGCAGCUACUUGAUCACCCACCUAAAACAAUUGUGGAUUUAGUGCUAGGAACAUUGGAUUCGACCUUUACUGAUUGUUUGGAAGCCAUGGAAGAAUCAUUGGUGUCGCGUGAAGAUACUCCCAAAGAAGACAUCAUUAAAGGAAUUGGACUUCUAAAAUCAAGAUUCUCACAAAAAAUGGAUCCAAUCUGCAGCAAACUUGAAAGGUUUAUGUUGGAGGUAAUCUUCAAAGUCCCAGAGCAUGUGCUUUUGCCCGAAGAUGUAGCUCAAAGAAAAAAGCACAGUGUGAAAGGCCACGAGAAAAUUCUGAAAGAAAUUGAAAGUCUCAAAGCAGAAAUCCAAAUGUAUGAAACUAUUUUCAUUUAGGAAAAGUACAAAAAAUUAGUUUUUAAUGGAAAAUUAAAAGAAGCAACAGAAACCCUUGAAAACCUUAGAGUUGCUGCCUCCGAAAUUGAAAACACUUCACAUAAAAUUUUAUGGGAAAACCAAAAAACAGAUGUUGAAGAAAAUUCUCAAUAUAUUGUGGACAAUAUUGAGAAAUACAAAACCCAACUGGACGGAUUGCGAGAACUGGUUCCUCCACCUGAGACACCUGAUAAUGAAACAGUUUUUCGUCAGAAAGAAAACGAUCUAUUUAAACGCUAUUAACUGUGCAGAUCCUACUUUCAUUAUUCAUAUUAUUAUUUUUAUAUUAUUGCCGUCACAUCGGAUUUGGGAUUUCCCAUGUGUGUCCACUCAUUUUCUGAUGUGUAAUGCAAAUAUAAGGGGCCGUCCAUAAAUGA